UCCAAUCAAUCCAUUCAAUUUGGGUUGUUUAGAUGAGAACUCGCUCAGGUCGUGAAGUUUUUCAGGGCUCACCAACUACACAAAAGUAUUUGGUCAGCUCAGUAUGUGAAAAGAAUAGUUCCAGCUUUUCAGCUAUGAAAGACGUACCAAGCAGUAGGAGAGGAAUUCCAGAUGAAAGUAUGCAAAAUAAGAGAAAACGGAAACCUGCUGGGAAGUCAACGAGUACAGAAGCAAGAGAAGUUGAGCUCUCUUUUUGUCAGUUCGAAAAAGAACAUCUUUCGGAUGUGACCGAUGAAAACAACAGUUUGGAUGAUAGGAAUUCAUUUGCAGACGAUCAAUUUUCCAAUAUUUCGGAAAGUUCCACCGAAGAAAGUGGCUCUUGCUUUUUGUACAAUUAUAAAAAACAAGCAAAUAGUCCCACACGAACCAUGGAGUUCCUAACAUAUCAGCAAACAAUUGUAAAGGAUAUGUUCGAGUCUUGUGGCGCAGUAGGCUUGAAGAACUUGGGGAAUACCUGCUUUAUUAACUCAGUCUUACAAGCUCUCAGUAAUACUGAACGUUUCCGUAGAUUUGUACUUGAUGAAGUAGAAGACGACUUGUUGUCGUUUAUUGAAAUGAAUCCUGUUGGAGCUUCGCAAGCAUCGAUGGAAGCAAACAAUAACAAAAAAUCAGAGCUGAAGGUUCUUAUUUUGAAAGAGCUCCGAGAUUUGUUGAAGUCCUUAUGGUGCUCUCAAAAUGAUUUAUUGGUUAAUAUAUUUGAAGAAGGAAAUCAAGUUACAAAUGGGAUCCAACAUGAAACGAAAGCAGAUAAGACAAAUGAUAUUUCUCAAGUUCAGGAUUGCAUACCGAGACAGUCUUUGAAGCGGAAGAGAGCUAAAACCCAUUUUGUUUCUCCUGACGGCUUUUUGAAUGCUGUUUGGUUAGCCAUUCCUCCUUUUCGAUCUCUGCAACAAGCUGAUACACAAGAAUUUUUGCAUUUGAUGCUUAAUCGAGUUCAUUUUGAAACCACACACCUUUAUUCCGAAGCUAGCAAUAAGAAAUGGAAGAAAGUUAGAGAUAAUACGAAGUCGAGUAUUAGAACUAUAUUUGGUGGUUGCAUAGAAACUGUUAUAGAGUGCAUUUAUUGUGGUGAAGUUGCCAGGAAAGAGCAAGACUUUCUAGAUUUAUCACUUAAUAUUCCAAAAGAAUUUGUUCAUUUUUCUGGUCGUCGUUCGGCUCGAUUAGCAAAUUUUAAUACUCACGAUAUUGAUAGUACUACUGAGAAAUCGGGGUCUUCAGCAAAGACAAAUUUAUCUUCGUGUUCAUUAUAUCGGUGCCUUGACCUUUUCACAGAGAGAGAAUUCUUGGCACAUGGCAACAAAUAUUUGUGCCCGAAAUGCAAUGACUAUGUCAAUGCAUGGCGAAGAUGCAAACUUGUCAAAUUACCUGAAGUCCUUUGUAUACACCUAUUGAGAGUUUAUCCCUCUCAGCAUCGGAAUAGAUCCCCUAUGAAAGUUGAUACACAUGUCGACUUUCCCCUUAGUGAUUUACAUCUGGAUAAUUACAUAGUUGAUGAUUUGUCUUUAUCCAACCCAAAAAACGAUCAAAAUCACUCAAUAUAUGACCUUUGUGCGGUAAUCCAACAUCAUGGUUCUGGUUGGCAAUCUGGCCACUAUACAGCGUUUUGUAAACACGUUGAUCGCAGGUGGUAUCAUUUUAAUGAUACUAAAAGUAGAACAUGUCGAUGAAACAACUGUUCGCCAAAGUGAGGCAUACAUCUUAUUAUAUAGUAGAAGUUCUGUCGAAAGGUUGAAACGUACUUCAAAAGAGAGUAGUCCAAUGUGACAUUUUUGGGAAUCAACUUUUGUACCU